GGGCCAUUUGAGUUGGGACGGCCGGGUUGCGAGUAUCUCAGUGCCGAGCCUGCGGUGCUGAGGAGAAGCCCUGUCAGGCUCUCGCAGUUAGGAGAACUCGGCAGGGCCGGGUGAGAGGAGCGGGCUCCUCCGGCAGGAGACAGUGGGGAGCCCGGGUGUAGUGGGCUGAGGCCUGGCCCGGUGGGGCAAGGCCGGCUCCUCCGGAAAGUGGAGCUCAGGUCCUCGGACAGCGCCCGGAGCGACUGAGCGCGGCGUGAAACAGCGGAGAACGACAGAGAAUGAAAGAGGGGAUGGUGGGGACGACCGGGCCCUGGCUAGGCGCUCAGCAGAUGCCUGCUAGGAGAGGCGUGGGAUAUGCUUACACGUUACCCAUCACCGUGAGGGGCCUUUCUCGAGUGUCCUUUAAUCCCUGUGACAACCACUGAGAGACUUUUGCGUCCGGGUUCGCUUCCUUCCUGACCUUCCCGCCUCGCUCUCCCCCUUCCUCAGCCCACCACGAUCGUUCCCACCGUUACACUUGCUGCUGCUUCUGCCUGGAGGGACCUUCCUCCGGAUUUUUCCUGGCUCGCUUCCUGUCGCCGGUUUCACCGAAAAUGGCACUUCCUCAGAGCCCUUUGCACUGUGACAGCCCCAAUUCGUCUCGUUUGUUUUUCCUUGUCUGUCUUGCCCUCUGGAAGAUAAGCUCCACAAAGGCAGGGACCUGUGGGUCCUGCUCGCCCGCAUCCCCAGUGCCUUGCAUGCAGUAGGCGCGCGACAGAUGCCUAGCAAACCAAGUGGCUUAGGACUUGGGCUUCCGCUCUGCCUCCCCGUUCUGUGGGUCAAGAGGGGCGUCAGUGUGUGUAGCAGGGAAGAUCGGGGAGGCUGAGCUUCGUUCCGGUUAGAAAUUCCGGCCCAAGAAGUGAGGGGGCCACUGCUCAGCUCACAGCGCCUCGGCCCCGAGGGCGGCUCGUCACCCAAGUCUGGUCUUGAAGCUGGGGCUGAGUUGGCGGCCAGGUCUUCAGUCCGCCCGCGCUGCUCCGGCCGCGCCACCUUAAGGCGCGCCACCUUAAGGCGCGCACGUCCCGCCCGGCCUCCACCAAGCCGCGUUCACCGGGUCCCGGCCUCCGCUGCGCGCCCCGCACGCCCCUUCCCGGCUUCCCCCGCGCACCGACGCGGGGCUUCCUGGGCCAGGGCGGGGCUGGCGAGCUGUGGCCCGGAACCGGGGAGCUGGACCUCCGCCUUCCCGGCCAGAGCUUCCCGGCGCCGGUCCCGGAGCGCCAUGGAGCCCCGGGCGGUUGCGGAAGCCGUAGAGACAGGGGAGGAAGACGCGAUUAUGGAGGCUCUGCGGAUAUACAACCAGGAGCACUCCCAGAGCUUCACGUUUGACGAUGCCCAACAGGAGGACCGGAAGAGACUGGCGGAGCUGCUGGUCUCCGUCCUGGAGCAGGGCUUGCCACCCUCCCACCGUGUCACCUGGCUUCAGAGUGUCCGAAUCUUGUCCCGGGACCGCAGCUGCCUAGAUCCCUUCACCAGCCGCCAGAGCCUGCAGGCACUGGCCUGCUAUGCUGGCAUCUCUGCCUCUGAAGAAUCUGUCACAGAGCCCCCGGACAUGGAUGUUGUACUUGAGUCCCUCAAGUGCCUAUGCAACCUCGUGCUCAGCAGCCCCAUCGCACAGAUGCUGGCAGCAGAGGCCCGCCUGGUGAUGAAGCUGGCAGAGCGUGUGAGCCUGUACCGUGAGAGGAGCUUCCCCCACGACGUUCAGUUCUUUGACUUGCGGCUGCUCUUCCUGCUGACAGCCCUGCGCACUGAUGUGCGGCAGCAGCUGUUUCAGGAGCUGAAUGGAGUUCGCUUGCUGACUGACACACUGGAGCUGACGCUGGGGGUGACUCCUGAAGAGAGUCCCCCCAAGCUCCUUCCUCCCCAAGAGACUGAGCGAGCCAUGGAGAUCCUCAAAGUGCUCUUCAACAUUACCUUCGACUCUGUCAAGAGGGAGGUGGAAGAGGAAGACGCUGCCCUUUACCGGUAUCUGGGCACCCUUCUUCGGCACUGUGUGAUGGUUGCUGCUGCUGGAGACCGCACAGAAGAGUUCCAUGGCCACACAGUGAACCUUCUGGGCAACUUACCCCUGAAUUGUCUGGACAUCCUCCUCACCCUGGAGCCACACACAGGCUCCCUGGAGUUCAUGGGAGUGAAUAUGGAUGUGAUUCGUGUCCUCCUUGGCUUCCUAGAGAAGCGUUUGCACCAGACGCACAGGCUGAAGGAGAGCGUGGCUCCCGUGCUGAGCGUGCUGACGGAGUGUGCCCGCAUGCACCGCCCGGCCAGGAAGUUCCUGAAGGCCCAGCUGCCUCCCCAGGUGCUGCCCCCACUGCGGGAUGUGAAGACCCGGCCUGAGGUUGGGGAGUUGCUGCGAAACAAGCUCGUCCGCCUCAUGACGCACCUGGACACAGACGUGAAGAGGGUGGCUGCCGAGUUCCUGUUUGUCCUGUGCUCUGAGAGCGUGCCCAGGUUCAUCAAGUAUACAGGUUACGGAAACGCUGCUGGCCUCCUGGCUGCCAGGGGCCUCAUGUCAGGGGGCCGGCCCGAGGGCCAGUACUCAGAGGAUGAGGACACAGACACAGACGAGUACAAGGAAGCCAAGGCCAGCAUAAACCCAGUGACCGGCAGGGUGGAGGAAAAGCUGCCUAACCCCACGGAGGGCAUGACGGAGGAGCAGAAAGAGCACGAGGCCAUGAAGCUGGUGGACAUGCUUGACAAGCUCUCCAGGCACAGAGUCAUCCAACCCAUGGGGAUGAGUCCCCGGGGCCACCUUACAUCCCUGCAGGACGCCAUGUGCGAGACUAUGGAGGGGCAGCUCUCCUCAGACCCUGACUCGGACCCUGACUGAGGAUGUCAGCUGUUCUGCUCCCCCAUCAGAACUGGUGCUGCUUCUGGAAACUUGCUUGGGGCUGCAACCCCAGGAAGCCACAUGCGGCCGGCCACACGGCUCCACGCCCCUCCCUCCAAGCUGGAGACCUUUUCUCUUUACUUCCAAGGUUCUGUUUGUGAUCUGCCUCUGGUCCAGUUUCUUAUCUCUAGGACUGUGAUGAUCUUUUUCUGCUAUAACUCUGGGCAGGCAGCCUUGAUUUCCACAGAUGAAGUACUUUCUUUCACAUGUGCCAAGAGGAAUGUGUGCAGAAGCUGCUACCUAAGGGCAGGGCCUACCUAGACACACAGAUGAGAGUGCAUAUAGGGGGGUAUGGGCUGAGUGUGGGCACAUGUAGAUGCAAGACAUCUGAGGUUGGAGCACUGGCCCAGAGCCAGUAUGUUGGGGCAUGUGCAUUUUACAAGGAAAAAGAAUCUGCUGGAACUUUAUAUAUGAAUAUGUCAAACACCCACUUCCAAGGUAUGCUCUGUUUCUGUCCCCACUGAGCACAGGGCUGGUAGCCUCUUCUAUGUUCUUGGUCCUGGCGUAGCCACCCACUGUUGUAUCCACAGCACAUGGGUUCUUGCUGAUUGUGGCAGUUAAAUCUCAAUCCUUCCACUGGCUUAGUCUAUAAAUACUUACAUGAAGGAAAGUGCCGCUUGUGCAAACAUAGUACAUUGAGAUUUCUAUUGUGCACUACAAGUAGCCACAGAAACAUCAUCCUGGAAUAAAGAGUUUGGGGCAAGAAUGUGCAUGUGUGAAUAUAUGUGUAAAAUAGCAAGUAAAGAAACUUGAAGUAGACUAGAAACUAA